CUGCUUCGCGUCAGCCCUGUGCCGGAAGUGACGUAUCGACGCUGAGGCGUUGUGUAUGCGGAAGUGAUGGACGCUGCUUGUGUUUGUGUUUCUGUAGGAGUCUGACGCGUCGGUGAAGCUGCGUGACGGGAUGUCAGGAUGCUGGAGUCCUAUGUUUCUCCUCUCUUGAUGAGUUAUGUGAACCGCUACAUUAAGAACCUGAAGCCGUCGGACCUGCAGCUGUCGUUAUGGGGAGGAGACGUGGUUCUGAGCAAACUGGACCUGAGACUGGACGUUCUGGAGCAGGAGCUCAAGCUGCCCUUCACCUUCCUGAGCGGCCACAUCCACGAGCUGCGCAUCCACGUGCCCUGGACCAAACUGAGCUCGGAGCCCGUGGUCAUCACCAUCAACACCAUGGAGUGCAUCCUCAAGCUCCGGGACGGGGUCACGGAUGAUAAUGAAAGCUGUACGUCCAGUUCGACCAAUCGCAGCACCUCUGAGAGCUCUAAGGCCGCGUCUAAACCUCGACGGGUGCAGCAGGCCCCCAGCGACCCUGACCUGCCCCCAGGGUACGUGCAGAGCCUGAUUCGGCGAGUGGUGAAUAACGUCAAUAUCGUGGUCAAUAAUCUGAUUCUGAAGUAUGUGGAAGAUGACAUCGUGCUGUCGGUCAACAUCACGUCUGCGGAGUGCUACACGGUGGACGAUCUGUGGGACCGAGCCUUCAUGGACAUCGUCGCUCCUGACCUGGUCCUGAGGAAGGUGAUCAAUUUCUCCGACUGCACCGUGUGUUUGGAUAAGCGUAAUGCCAGCGGGAAGAUUGAGUUUUAUCAGGACCCGCUGCUCUACAAAUGCUCCUUCAGAACUCGUCUUCAUUUCACCUACGACAACAUCAACGCCAAAAUCCCCGCCGUCUUUAAAGUGCACACGAUGGUGGAGAGUCUGAAGCUCUCUCUGACGGACCAGCAGCUGCCCAUGUUCAUCCGGCUGAUGGAGCUGGGUGUGGCGCUGUAUUACGGAGAGAUGGGCGUCCAUCGAGACGCAGAGAAGGAGGAGAGCGGCUCGCUUCGAGAGAGUGUCUCUGGUCUGAUGGACGCGUCCGAUCCGGCUCUGACAGGGCAGUACUUCCAGGGUGAGGAUGAAGAUCAAGGAUGGAUGUCGUGGGCCUGGUCCUUCGUCCCGGCCAUCGUGAGCACCGGAGAGGAGGAGGGCGAGGGCGAGCCUGGAGACACACCGGAGUCUGGAGCCGCUCGCCCCCUGCAGAGCUCACCCAGAGACCCCAUAGUGUCUGUCGGCUUCUACUGCACCAAAGCCUCCGUCACAUUUAAGCUGACCGAGAGCUGCUCUGAGAGCAGCUACUACAGUCCACAGAAGCUGAAGUCUCGUGAGGUCCUCAGUGUGGAGCAGGAGGGAAUCACGGUGGAGGCGCUGAUGAUGGGCGAGCCCUUCUUCGACUGUCAGGUUGGAGUCGUGGGCUGUCGUGCUGUGUGUCUGAAGGGCAUCAUGGGGGUUCGUGAUUUUGAAGAGAACAUGAACAGAAGAGAGGAGGAUGCCGUGUUCUUCCGCUGCGGCGACACGCUGAAUGUUAAGGGCAUGACGUAUCUGACCAACUCCCUCUUCGACUACCGCAGCCCAGAGAACAACGGAGUCCGAGCAGAAUUCAUACUGGAUGGAAACCUGCACAGGGAGACAUACACAGAGAACACGGGGCUGCAGCGCUAUGGUGCUUUCUACAUGGAUUACCUGUACACGAUGGAGAACAGCAGCAGAGUCUGCGUGGGGCUGCAGGAUUUUCCUGCGCUGCGUAAAGACGAGCCGCCGCUGGUGCAGGAGACGUCUGUGAAGAGGAUCGCGGUCGGACCGUUAGAUGUGCAGCUCCACAGCAGCGCUGUCCACCGCAUCCUGAAGAUGACCGCAUGCACACUGGACCACGAGUACCAGCCCUACUGCAGACCACAGCCAGAUGUCGUGGAGGAGUGUGUGUGUGUGCUGCCGGAGCAGGUGUCAGCGCUGGAGGAGUUUAUUCCCAUCCGUCAGACGAGUGUGACGCUGAUGAGAGCCACAGUCACUGUCCCUGCGGCAGAAUACAACCUCCUGCACCUCUUACUUCCUGUUAUACUGGGACACAAGGUCUCGUCUGCGCAGACGUCUGUCCCUCAGUUCCAGCUGCUGCGUCCUCUUCCUGCUCUUCAGCUGCAGUUUGAGCGCAUCACGUUCGAGCAUUCAGUGCCAAUGUAUGAACAGGAAGUGACCCGUGCCGCCAGCAGCCUGAACCAGCCCUCAGACACACUCCUGCACCACUGCUACACACACUGCUACCUGAAGGUCUUUGAGCUUCAGGCUGGUCUGACUGUAAUCGACUCAGAGGGGGUGUUUCAGACACUCAUUCCCAUAAUUCCUUCUUUCAGUACUGCUCUCUAUGGGAAGCAGCUCCGUUUGCCUGCAUACUGGGAGAGGAAGCCUUCAGUCCCGGUGUGUGAGUGUGUGUUCGAGCUCCCGCAGGUGUGUGUGCAGGCGACGCGUGCGCAGGUGCUGCUGCUGCAGAGCAUGUAUCGCAGCUGGACACACAGUGUGGGAGGCGGAGCCUGCAGCAGCAUCAGCGACAGCCUCAUAAGCCACGCCUACAAAACUCCAGGUGUGAAGCCGGUGUGUAGCGCUCCUGUGCUGGAGGUGUGUGUUCAGCGUGUGGAGCUGAAGGUGUGUGUGCGGCCGGCGCUGCUGUGUGUUUCUGGGACUCUGGGAGCCGUGAAAGUGUGUGCAAGAACACCGGGUGUGUGUGAGGGGCAGAAGGAUCAGCUGGUUCCUCUGGUCCAGGGUCCGUCUGACACCACAGAUCUUCACACGAGCCGCUGGUUGAGCGGGAGCCGUAAGCCGGCGUCUCUCCUGUCUCCUGAUCUCCUGCAGAUCUCCCUCCAGCUCCCGCAGCAGGAGCACCUGCACAGCCCCGGUGCGGUGCUGUUGGUCAGUGUUCAGGGCAUCGCUGUCAAUGUGGAUCCGGUUCUGUCCUCCUGGCUGCUGUUCCACCCUCAGAGAACCAGCGGCAGCAGACAGACUCAACAGGUUUCCAUGGUGAUGAAGAAGAGGAGGGAGGAUGAAGCAUCUGUUGGCAGCACACCACUAACACACAAACAACCCAGUAAUCAAGCAUCAGACUACACCAGCAGUCCUGUGAAGACCAAGACUGUGACAGGAGCUGCUGGAGAUGGUUUGACCUUCACGCUGCAGAUGUUGAUCAUUUCCCAGAAGUCGAGACCUCUCUCUGUUCCAGUGAAGGUUUUUCCAUCAUCUGAAGAAUGUCACGUGAGUUCAGAGGAGCACAUGAAGAACCUGAUAACACACACCUGGAACGCUGUCAAACACCUCACGCUGCAGGUGGAUGUGCAGUCGUGCUGUGUGUUCAUGCCGUCCGACAGCCUCCCGUCUCCCAGCACGCUGGUAUGCGGUGACAUCCCGGGAACCGUGCGGAGCUGGUAUCACAGUCAGGCGUGUAUGCCGGGGACGCUGGUGCUCUGUCUGCCGCAGAUCAGCGUGUUGAGCGCAGGACACCGGCGCAUGGAGCCACUGCAGGACGUCCCCUUCACUGUGCCCAGACCCGUGCUGGAGGAGGGUGAUGCGUUCCCGUGGACAGUGUGUGUGAGUCGGCUGAGUGUGUACUCUCUCCUGGGACAGCAGCGGUCUCUUAGCGUGCUCGAGCCGGUGGGCUGCACCUCCACGCUGGCGCUCACUGCACCCAAACUGCAGCCCGACAGCAAAGACGCCUUCAUCAUGUGUCUGCAUGUGGACCUGCAGCCGGUGCAGCUGAAGUGCUCCAACCCUCAGGUCCAGCUGGUGUAUGGUUUGUGGUGUCGAUGGAGUCAUAUCUUCAGUGUGUUUGACCGGAUGCAGAGCAGAGGAGCUCAGAGAGCGUCAGCCGGAUUCCCAGAGUCCUCGGCGCCCCCCGCUGGACCCUUGUCACCUGUCCACAGCAGUGUGGGCACCAUCCCGCCGGACACCAGCACCUACAGCCCGUCAGCUGACCUGGGCUCUCCUACAGAGGGGGAUUCGGCGCACACAGAGGACCCAGCAGCCGGUGAGACCAUGACUCUGGAGCAGAAGACCUGCAGCAUCAGCAGCGCCAGCGGACGACUGAGCAUCUGGAUGCAGUGGAUGCUGCCUAAACUCACACUCCAGCUGUUCUCCUGCGAGCCCAGGAACAAGGAGCUGUGUGUGAUGGCAGAGAUGGAGGACAUGAGCGCGUCUGUGGACGUUCAGGACGUUUAUACCAAGGUGAAAUGUAAAGUGGGCAGCUUCCACAUAGAUCACUACAGAAGCAGGCCUGCUGAGCGCUGGCUCUAUGACGGAGUGAUUCUGCAGUGCAAGGAGACGCCUGCGACGGCGGCGAAGGCUCUGGAGGUCUCGCACCAGCAGCACGGCUUCCUGUCGGUGACCUACACACAGGCCGUGACGCGUAACGUGAGGCAUAAGCUGACGGCGCGUCAGGAGCGUGUGCCGGCGUCUCAGAGGCUGUGUGAGGACGGGGUGGACGGGUCACCACAGCACCUGCACGAGAUCCUGCUCACAGCACAACCCUUCGACCUGGUGCUGUCCUGCCCCCUGCUGGUGAUGGUGGCGCGUGUGUUCCAGGUGUCCCCCCCGCAGCAGCUGCGUCCUCCGAUCCGAGAGCGUGUGUCGGCCGGGCAGCCCAUGAGAGGACACUCGCUGUCGUCCAGCAGCCUGCCGCUCGUCUACCUCAACACCAGCGUGAUCCGGGUCUUCUGCCCCCUGGAGGACACGCAGAGCAGCACACAUUCACAGCUCAAGCACAGGAAGGAAGACACGGUUGUGCUGAAGAUUGGAUCAGUGAGCAUCGCUCCUCAGGCUGAUAAUCCACUGCCACGCUCCGUCCUGCGCAAAGACAUCUACCAGCGGGCGCUGAAUCUGGGUGUUCUGCGUGACCCGGGGUCAGAGGUCGAGGACCGUCAGUAUCAGAUUGACCUCCAGUGCAUUAAUGUGGGCACGGCUCACUGGGACGACCUGCGUCCGGAGCGUGAGGGACCGGCGAGUGGUUCUCCUGCUGAUGGUGAACGGAGUUCCCAGAAUCCCGCGCUGGAGUGGAACAUGGCCAGCAGCGUCCGCCGGCAGCAGGAGAAGCGUGUGAUCCUGUCUCCCAUCAUCACAGAUUUCUCUGUGCGCAUCACAGCAGCUCCAGCUGUAAUAUACCGGAAGCCUCUGUCAGCGGAUCACGGCGCAGCCGAGGAAGUGGUGGUGUGUGGCCACAGUCUGGAGAUGAACGUGACGUCCAGCCUGGAGCUGUUUCUGAGCGCGACUCAAGUUCAGUUACUGCAACGACUCCUGCAGACCAACAUCAGACUGAUGAGUGACGAGCAGACCACAGGAGACGUGAGCGGUCAUCAGCCGCAGUCUGCAGUGUCAGGUUCGGUGGAGAGUGUGUGUGGCAGCAGCGCCCCCUGCGGGCAGGACAGUGGGUUCGGCAGUGACAGCGCUCGUCUGCGGAUCGUCCAGAUCGAGCGUCAGAGUGGCACGGGUCAGCACCGCCUCGCCCGGCCGUCACAGCAGCCCACCAUCACCAAGAACCUCAGCUUCAUCCCGUUCGAUGUGUUCCUCACCGCCGGACGCAUCUCUCUCAUGACGUACACGACCGCGCCUGCGGCCAGCCCCCCCACCGACGCCCCCCGCGGCCGAAAGAGCGCACUGGACGUGCCCGAGGACGAGGCGGUUCAGGGCGGGGGUCUGUGUUCGCUGACGGCCGAGGAUCUGCUGAACGCUAACACUGCGGGCGGGUCGGCGGGGGUCCUGGGGGGGCGCUCGUCUGCGAGACAGGCUCUGGGCGUGACGGUGGUCAGACAGCCUGGACGCAGAGGAGACAAAGACUGCAGCCUGCAGCCAAUGCUGUUCCUGCAGGUGACGCAGCCCUCCGUCUUAAUCAGCUGCCACCACCGCAAACAGAGGCUGGAGCUGUCGCUGUUCGACCUCACGCUGAAGGGAGUCGCAACCAACUACAAGAGUCUGGACGCAGGGAAGUCUCUCCCGGAGGCUCUAGACUACAGCGUGUUCUGGCUGCAGACGGUCGCAGGAGAAGCUGACAGCCGGACCGGCAUCCCCCCCCCACUGCUGUCUGUGGUCAUCAGAGACUUCCUCACUGGACCAGAGUUGAAGGUGGACAUCAGUCGGCCGGUGAGACUCAGUCCCACUCUGGCCAAAAUUGAGCAGGCGAAGGUCUUCUGGAAGAGGCUCUUUCCUGAGAGGGAGGGCGAGGCACAGCCCAGAACACCUGCAGGCUCCGCCCACCACUGCAGCGAGGCCCCGCCCACAGCUGACGUGCUGCUGCGCUCUCUGCAGUCACCCGUUCCCUUCCACAAGAUCUCGCUGCACACGGUGCAGAUGGUGGUCAGUGUGGAGAUGGAGGAGCACGCGGCGCGGCCCAGUCUGACCCUGUCUGUGUCGGCCAUGACAGGUGCGCUGACGCUGAAGAACGCUAUCAAACCCGGAGAUGGUUUUAAGGAGGUCUGUCUGUCGGUUCAGUGCGAGGACGUGUUGGUGCGGACGGGUCUGAAGGACAGAAGUGCAGUGUUUGUGGGUCCGUUCUCCUGCAGUGCGGAUCUGGAGGCUCAUUGGUGCAGACACAGUGGAAGCCCCGCCCUCGACUCGUCUGGACCACCGAGAGUGUUGAUUGACCUGAAGGGAGGCCUUCUGCAGGUGUUUUGGGGGCAGCAGCAGUUUAACUGUUUGUCUGAGAUUCAAGAGCAGCUGCAGAGCUACUGGAAUCAGAUGAGCAGAACAGAGGCGGAGUCUAAUGAUAAGCCCCUCCUCUCUACACUGCUUCGCACCCCUAGCCCCGCCCAGUCAGAAUACUCCUCUGAUGACCUGCGCACAGGCCUCUUCCAGUACAUACAAGACUCAGCGUGUCAGAAGCUGCCGUCGCCUCAUGAGGUGGUGUUUUGGAGAGAGACGGACGAGUCUCCAGGUGUGAUGCUGUGGCGGUAUCCUGAACCGCGUGUGAUCACGUUCCUCAGGAUCACACCUGUUCCCUUCAACACCACGGACGACCCUGACAUCAGCACAGCCGACCUCGGAGACGUGCUGCAGGUGCCCUGCAGUCUGGAGUUCUGGGACGAGCUGCAGCGGUCAUUUGUGCCAUACAGAGAGUUCAGCCUAUCAGAGAGCAGCGUGUGUGAGCUGACCCUGCCCACUCUGACCCCUGACACAAACCAGACUGACCUAGUGACCUCUGACCUCUGGAGGGUUGUGCUCAACAGCCCCAGUGACGGUGGAGAUGAGAGUUCGGACAGUGAAUCAGGUUCUCAGGUGCCUUCUGAGCAGCUGGUGUGUCCCACCGCUCUGGCCGCCUGUACACGUGUGGACUCGUGUUUCGCGCCGUGGUUUGUGCCGUCAGUUGGUGUCUCCAUACAACUGGUGUACCUGGAGCUGCACUUCUGUCACAACCUGGAUCAGCUGGGCACAGCGCCGUGCCAGAAGCUCCGCCCCUUCCUCCCAGACAGGAAGUCUCCUCAGGAUCAGGAGUUUGCGGUGGUGUGUGUGCGUGAGCCGUGUGUGUUUGUGCGUCAGUGGAGUGACGUGAUGCAGUGCUGUCAUGAGCUCAGCUUCUCUUCCACACUGAGCUGCAGACUGCUGGAGUACCGCAACCUCACCUACCUGUCCAUCAUCCAGCCGGUCAGCCUGCGGGGACACGCCACACACACACACACACACGCGCGCUCCCGGCGCACGCUGCACUGUGACACCACGCUCACACCGCUGCACGUCGCCGUCGGUCAGUACGCCGUUCACACACUGGACCGAGCGCUGCAGGCCUGGACACAGAACGGUGUGGUAGAUGCAGAGGAAGUGGUUUUCAGUCAUUACGUCAUCUGUAACGACACACAGGAAGUUCUUCGGUUUGGACAAGUGGACACAGAUGAGAGCAUCCUGCUGCAGAGCAACCAGAGUCACCAGUACAGCUGGAGAACCCACAAAUCCCCACAGCUGCUGCACAUCUGCAUGGAGGGCUGGGGGAACUGGCGCUGGGCCGAACCCUUCAGUGUCGACGACGCAGGGACCCUACUGAGAACCAUCCAACACAGAGGACAGACGGCCACUCUCAUCAUCAGAGUCAGACAGCUCACAGGAGUCCAGAAACAAGUGAUCAUCUGUGGCCGGCAGGUGGUGUGUAGUUUCCUGCAUCAGUGCAUCGAGCUGCGGCUGGUGCAGCACUACACGGGUGAGGACGGUCAGCCGGAGCUGCGUGAGCGUGUCACCCGUCUGGAGCCGGACAGCAAGCCGGCCUCGUUUGUGCUGGAGGAUGCGGAGCUGACGGAGCUGUGUGUACGCUCCUGCGGUGAUGACGCCUGGUCGCAGGACGUCUGUCUGGAUCACAGCGACAAACACAGCAGCUCUGUGGUGCAGGCGAGUCACCGCCAAUAAUCAAUAAUCAGACGG